GAUUUUGCGCGCAUUGCCAGUAGCUUGUUAUUAUGAUCUGUUAAUUCUACAGCAAGCCUUUCGAGCAGAGACUGGCGGGGGCGGCUGCGUGCGCUGUAUCCGGGUCUGUGCCCAGAGGGGCUGUGAAGCCCCCGGAGCUAAUCUCUGAAUUCUGCUUCAUCUACCUUCGCUUCUCUACAUUCCUCAACGCUGUAGCGAGGGGCGCGGAUCAGAAGCGGUGUCUCGGCGAAACGCAGAGAGGUGGCGCAUCGCUGGAUGUCCCAUGUUCCAGGAGCACCGCAGCAGCAGUGUGGCAAUGUCGACCCGGCCGCUCUUGGCGCCCUCGCCAGCCUCCCCGCUGGGCACAGCGGGCAUCCCGACACCAGCUCAGCUCACCAAGGCCAACGCUCCAGUGCACAUCGAUGUAGGCGGACACAUGUACACCAGUAGCCUCGCCACGCUCACCAAAUACCCAGAAUCCAGGAUCGGACGUCUGUUUGAUGGCACGGAGCCCAUCGUGCUAGAUAGUCUGAAGCAGCACUAUUUCAUCGACCGCGAUGGCCACAUGUUUCGCUACAUCCUCAAUUUCCUCAGGACCUCCAAACUGCUCAUCCCGGACGACUUUAAGGACUACUCUCUGCUGUACGAGGAGGCACGGUAUUUCCAGCUGCAGCCUCUGCAGGCCGAACUGGAGCGCUGGCGUUGCGAGCGUGACUCUGGGUGGGUGACACGCCCGUGCGAGUGUGUGGUGGUGCGUGUUGCCCCUGAGCUGGGCGAGAGGAUCUCACUAAGCGGUGACAAGGCACUCAUCGAGGACAUCUUCCCCGAGAUCGGCGACGUCAUGUGCAACUCAGUCAAUGCGGGGUGGAACCACGACUCCACUCACGUCAUCCGGUUCCCUCUUAACGGAUACUGCCACCUCAACUCUGUGCAGGUUCUGGAGCGGCUUCAACAGAGAGGUUUUGAGAUUGCUGGUUCCUGUGGAGGCGGAGUGGACUCAUCUCAGUUCAGCGAGUAUGUCCUACGGAGAGAGGUCAAGCGAGGUCAGCGUGGGGUCACAACCUCAGUCAUUCGAAUUAAACAAGAGCCACUGGAUUAAUAGCCAGAGGCAUACCAACACACUGUAGAAAGGGAAGGCCUUUUUAAAACGAUAGUCGCAGCUACAGGGCUGUUUAUGCUGCAGCCCUUCAAGUAUAUAUGACAGAUAUAUACAACAAGCAAGAUUUCAAAAUUAAAAUGCAAAGGUAAAAGUCUGGUAUUUUGGAUUGCCACUUCCCUAAUUAUGCACAAUCCUUCAUACAUCAAAAAUGAGAUUACAGCAAGGCAAAGGUUUGUUUUAAAACUUUUCCACUUGUGUUUGCUAGAAUCAUCUUCCCUGGUGGAAUCAAAAGAAUUAGAGAAACAAUCCAAUCAAGGACUCUGUAUCCUGUAAACACACUCAUUCUCACACACACUCACACUCACACUCACACACCACACACACACACACACACACACACACUCUCUCUCUCUCUCUCUCUCCUCAACUCGCACACUAAAUUUUGAGUUGUCAGAGCUGUCUCCAUGAAGAGACCUAACACUAAUUAAUCACACACACACACACACACAUUAAAUAACAGAGUUUGCUCUCUGGGAGAUCUAGCCCAGACUAAACUAAAUAGAUUAAGAUGCCAGGGAUGUAUUUGUUCUGUAAAUUGUUUUUGAUUUUUUUCACAUAAUGGAAAAAAGGUACGCAUUGUGUGGGUUGUGGGGAAUAAUUUGAUUGCUGGUGACAUGCUUCUGUUCUGAACCAUUUUUUUUCCUCCAAAGUUAAUUUCUUCACAUUCAUUUAAAGCAACCAAGCAAAUGUAAACAAAAGUGGAUUAAGGUUAAAAGCCUGUGAAGCCAGUCAUUGUGUGAUGAAACAUCAGCUAUUUGCAUAUUUGAUAUUUGUUAAAACUAUAACAUCUGUCUCUGAAUAUGUAAGGGGAUAUAAAAUAAGCCCGGGAUAUAUUUCUACUGUAAAAUAAAUAAAAGGGCAGAGUCAGGAUUUUUAUACAUGUCAGUCCGAAAAAUAAAGAUGGAGAAUAUGUCUGGAUACUGUCAUUUCCUGAAAAUACACUGAGAAUAAUUUCUAGAGAAUAAUGUAAUGUGAUGUGGUUAAUAAAAGUACCAUAACUACAA